UUGCAGUUUUCUCAGGGUACUGUUUCCAGCCAAGACGUCUAUUCAUGGUCCUACUCAGCAGCUCGCUGGCCAGCCGUUCCCGGCGAUCUAAGUGACUGUCCUGUUGGAAUGACUCCACCUCAUUGCUUGUUGUACAAAAGAGAACAAGGCGCAAUGAUUGAAGUCUAUUUCGAACAGCUCAAUUACGAGUCACUGCUUGAAAGUGAAGCAUAUGGGUUAUCGAAUCUGCUCUCAGAUUUCGGAGGACAACUAGGCUUAUGGAUGGGAGUCAGUGUUAUUACUAUUAUGGAGGUAUUUAUUCUGAUAUUCGACGUCUUCUUGACGAUUUUCGGGCUGACAGUUGGCCCUAAGAAAGCUUACUCCACUAGCCAUCGAUGA